AUUAUCAUCACAAUAAAUAACUGUGUUAAAAAUACUGAAGAGUAACGAACUUGAUUUGUUGUGAACUGAUAAUUACAAAUUUAGAUUACAAACAUAAAAAAUUACAAUUUACAGUACAAAAUUGUAGUGUUGCAUGUGCCGUUCUCUGUUGUGUUUAUGUUCGUUUUCUAUAAUCUGUCGGCUUUAGAACGUUAAUACUUACCUAUUACUUAUUAAUUAUUAUAUAAUUCUACCGAGAUUUGAUUAAUGAUUUAGAGAAAAAAUUCCACCUAUUUACAUUAGCCUCUUAUAUCACGGCUAAAUAGAUUUAUUUAUUAUAUAGCAGCAUACAUAUUAUUAUUAAUACUGUUAAGAGUGACAGUGUGUUGUGUGUACACAGAUUUUUUUUGUUACCAAAUACAAACGGGAUUAUUUGUUUUUGAUUUUUUUUCUGUAUCUGGAUCUUUAAUUAUUUUCGUUAACGAUAUAAUAAAACAGAACUACAUAGCAACGAAUACAUUUUUAACAACGACAUGAAUAAGAGAAGGUAUCCAUAUGAUAUUGAUAUGUGUCCUCAGUUAAAAAUACACAUAGGAGAGAAACAAGUUGCCAAUGGAGUUUUGGGACCAUCCAAAAUGUCUGAAAUUUAUGAAAAGACUAAGCAGAUUUUGUUUCAAAGAGCAAAAGCAUCUUUUGAAGCAAUAGAACACGUAGUUGUUGAUAAAAUUCCACGUGACGAUAAACCAUCCAAACAAAUGCAGUUAACAUUUGAUGGAAAAUUAUGCAAGCCUAAUGUUUUAAUUGAAAAUUCGAAUAGGUAUAAUUACAAUCAAGAAAAAUGUAAUUUUUGUUCACAAACAGAAAAAUUAGAUUUUUGUGGGGUAUGUAGAGAGAUAUUUUGCAAUAUGUGUUCAUUUUCUUUGUUUGGCGAUGAAGUGAAUAAAAUUUGUUUAACAUGUUAUAAAUAA